AUGUGCAAAGGAUUCGGAUCGACCUUGACCGGCCCCGCUCUUCAGUGGUAUAUCAACUUGCCCACCAAAUCCAUCAAAUCCUUUGCAGCCCUUAGCGAUAAUUUCGUGGAGCAGUUCGCUAGCAGCCGUGACCUAGAGAAGAAUUCAGAUGAUAUCUAUGAGAUCCUCCAGCAUAGGAAUGAGCCCCUUCCUUCUUACAUAGCUCGCUUCAACCAGGCGAAGGUGGCUAUUCCUGAGUGCGACGCUGAUACGGCUAUCUCAGCCUUCAAGAGGGGUCUACUUCCAGAGGGAGACCUUUACAAGGAGCUGAUCAAAUACAAGUGCAGGAUUAUGGAAGACGUGCUCUCCCGUGCUUGGGCUCAAGUAAGAUGGGAAGAAGAUGUUGCUAGUAGGGCUAAAGCCGGUCCGAAGUACGAUCAGAAGCCGUCAAAGCCUACGAGGAAUGACCGCGACGAGUCUUCCCACUCGAAGUCCGCCAGGGAGACUAGCAACCCGAAUAAGGGCAGGUAUCAGCAUCGACCUUUGCCUAGAUCCGAAGGGAGGAUGGUGUCUACCUGGCCUGACAACUUCCAUCUCGCGAUAACUAACCGGAGCUGA